AUGGCCUUUCCCGUGCUCGCGGCGGCCGGCGUUGUCUUGGCUUUCGCCGUCUACAAAUAUGUCUCAGGACUGCGAAAGAAUAUCGCAAAGGCGCGGAAAACCGGGUUUCCCUAUCUCGUUGUCCCUAUCUGCCCCAUAAACCUCGCCUGGCAGCUCACCUUCGUCAUAUGGGUUCCCAUCAUCAAACUGCUCCCAAAGUCGAUAUGGGAGCAUUGGUUAUUUGUCAUGUACCCCAACUGGGCAUUCGAUACCAAUCAGACACACUUUGACCGGUUGGGGUCCGAAAGCUUCCUUGUCGUAUCGCCCGGCAACCUCCUAAUGUACACCCAGAGCGCCGAGGUGAUCCACCAGGUGACGCAGCGCCGCGAGGCUUUCCCUAAGGACAUCGCCAAGUACGGCGUCCUCGACAUGUUUGGCAAGAGUGUCCUCACCACCGAGGGGCCCCUGUGGCGCCUGCAUCGCAAGGUGACCAGCGCCAGCUUCAACGAGAAGAACGCCGCACACACCUUUGCCGAAGCUAUCAAUCAGACGAGGGGCCUGCUCGACAUGUGGCUUGGCCCGGACGGCGCGAAGACGGGCAGAUCCAAGACCAUCAACUCGCUCGAGCAGGACACCAUGACGUGGGCGCUCAACAUCAUCGGCUACGUGGGAUUCGGCCUGCGCCUGCUCUGGCCCGGCCAGUCCCUGCCCAAGGAUAUCGACCCCACGCUGGCCAAGUACGGCAGCUUGGAUCCGCCCCCGGGACACACAUUGACCUUUGCCGACUCGGUGGCCCUCACGCUCGAGAGGAUCGUGGCCAUCAUGAUCUGGAACGAACGCAUACUGGGAAUCCUCCCCUUCAAGUUCGCCAAGGACGCAUACAAGGGCAAGCGCAACUACCUCAAGUACAUGGGCGAGUUCCUGCAAGACAAGGUGGAAGAAACCCGGCGCGGCGGCGCCCCGCGCGAAGGCAUGGACAUCAUGGGCCAGCUCGUCCAAUCCCAAUACAGCCCCAAAGCCAAGAGCAGCAACACCAACGGCUCCACCGCCUUCUCCCUCUCCGACACCGACAUCGUCGGCAACGCCUUCAUCAUGAUCGUCGCGGGCCACGAAACGACCGCCAACACGCUGCACUUCUCGCUCGUCGAACUAGCCACCAACCCCACCACCCAACGCCGCCUACAAUCCGAAAUCGACACCCUAUUCGGCACGACCGACCCCUCGACCUGGGACUACGAGAAAUCCAUCAACCCGCUCCUCGCCUCCCACGCGGGCGCCACCAUCAACGAGACCCUGCGCCUGAUGCCGCCCGUGACGGGCAUCCCGAAAGUCGUGACCCCGGACGCCGACCAGACCGUCACCGUCGACGGCCGCACCCACGUCCUCCCGCCCGGGCUGGCCAUCUCCCUCAUGGCCGUGUGCGUGCAUCGCAACCCGCGCUGGUGGCCCACGCGCCCGAGCGAGCGCACCGGGAGGAUGCAUGAUAUGGAUGAUUUCUUGCCGGAGCGGUGGUAUCGCGGUGCGGGGAGGGCCGGGGAGGAUGAGGAUGAGGAUGGGGGUGAGAAGAGUGCGAUUGAUGAUAAGGGUGAUUAUGGCGGGUUUCAGGGCAGUGAUGUCUCGGCGUCGCUGUACCGGCCGGUGCGGGGUAGUUAUCUGCCUUUCAGCGAUGGGCCGCGUUCCUGUCUUGGUCGUCGCAUUGCUAUGGUUGAGAUGGGGGCUGUGUUGGCGGUUAUUUUUCAGAAGUACAGCAUCGAGCUGGCGGUGGAUGAGUGGGCGAGCGAUGCUGAGGUUGAGGCUAUGGGCCCGGCUGAGAGGAGGGAGGUGUACAAGAAGGCGCAGGAGAAGAGUGAGGAUACGGUUAAGCAGGCGAUUUCGGUCUUGACGCUCAAGUUGCAUGGGGGGAGGCAUGUGCCAGUGAGGUUUGUGGAGAGGGGGAAGGAGAGCGGAAACGGUUGGUUGGCGCGACAGCGCAAGGGAGAACUCCUCGAUAUCGCCCGGGACAUUGGGCUAAAAGACUACGAGAGCUUCAAAAAGACCGAACUGGAGCUCGCUAUCGACGAACACCUUUCCGACAACGUCUCGAGGUACCAGCUCGACCCCCAGUUCCAGGACUACUUUAAGAGCCGUGCCCGUGCUGGCGGCUCGCCCAUCAAGAAGGAGAUCCUCGGCGGCCCUGAUCUGAAGGUGUCGCGUCGGAGGGCACCGAAACCAGUGGAGGAGAUUGCCCCUGCCGAAGAAGAAGAAGAAGAAGAGGAGGAGGAGGAAGAGGAAGAGGCCGAAGACGAAGAGGAGACCAGCGCUCUCACCACCCAAGCCGCGCAGGCCGCGCACGACGCCUCCACCGCCGUGGUGCGCACCCCCGGCCGGGCCCUCGCGAUGGCGGCGCGCCUGCAGCUGCCCGCGACACCAGCCGACGUGGCGCAGGCGGUGGACCGCAGCACGGUAGCGGUGCGGCAGCGCGUCGCGUCGCUCUACCAGGAGUCGGGCACGACGGAGGCCAUCGAGACGACGCGCGAGUGGCUGUCGACGGUGCACUCGGUGGUGUCGGCGAUCGCGCUGUUCGAGCUGUACCGGCUGCGGCAGGAGGUGCUGCCCGACCGCUACGCCUUCACCGUCCCCGCCGUCGCCCUGCUCGGCACCCCGGACUACCCGGUCCACCUGCCCGACAUGUUCGCCCUCGUCACCGCCGGCUUCUGGGUCCCCGCCCUCACCUGGGCCGUCACCAGCGUCGUCCUCCCCAGCCUCGGCGGCUACUUCUUCAACCUCAGCGGCGCCGCCGCCCACCACCACCAGGGCAGCAGCGGCCGCGGGAGGCGCACGUCCGCUGGCAACCAGCAGGUUGAAUACACCGUCGACCCGGUCAUGUUCAGCAUCGUCAAGGCCAUCGUCACCUAUGUCGUGUACGCCCAGGGCGUCACCUUCGGCGUCAUCAACCCCGAGGCCGUCGGCCGCAUCAACUCGGCGCUGUACUCGGGCUGGAAGGGCGUGUUGGUGGGGACGGCCGUGUCCGGGCUGACGGCCGUGUACGAUGCCGUGUUGAGGAAGUAG